ACCUGGAGCGGAGUGACCUUCCCGGGGUGGCUAGUUGCAGAGGCAAUACCACCAGCAGACCGGUAGCUACACACAUCACAGUCCGCAGAACACCAGCCGCAGAAAUGAAUAGCAACUUAGCCGGGGACGAAAUCGGGAAGCUCUUUGUGGGUGGCCUGGACUGGAGUACCACGCAGGAGACAUUACGAAACUAUUUCUCCCAGUAUGGGGAAGUGGUGGACUGCGUCAUUAUGAAAGACAAGACUACAAAUCAGUCGCGCGGCUUUGGGUUUGUGAAGUUCAAAGACCCCAACUGUGUGCGGACAGUGCUAGAGACAAAACCUCAUAACCUGGAUGGUAGAAAUAUUGACCCAAAGCCAUGCACCCCACGGGGAAUGCAGCCUGAAAAGACACGAUCAAAAGAUGGCUGGAAGGGAAGCAAAAGUGACAGCAAUAAAUCCAAGAAAAUAUUUGUUGGCGGGAUCCCUCACAACUGUGGCGAGCCUGAACUCAGGGACUAUUUCAGUAGAUUUGGAGUGGUAACAGAAGUGGUAAUGAUCUAUGAUGCGGAGAAACAGAGGCCGCGAGGUUUUGGAUUUAUUACUUUCGAGGCCGAACAAUCAGUGGACCAGGCUGUCAACAUGCAUUUUCACGACAUCAUGGGCAAAAAAGUGGAAGUGAAGAAGGCGGAGCCAAGGGACAGCAAGGCCCCUGGGCCCGGCCAGCCUGGAGCCAGCCAAUGGGGACAUAGGGGCAUCUUGAGCACAGCCAAUGGCUGGUCGGCGCCACCGGCCCCGGCCUGGCAGCAGAGCUAUGGGCCUCAGGGAGUUUGGGUGUCCACAGGCCAGCCAAUAGGAGGCUACGGCCCCCCCCUGCCUGCCAGCCGAGGAGCCCCCGCCCAGCCCCCCUCGCCCUUCAACGCGUUCCUGGUCACGGCCACCCCCACAGCCGGCUUCGGGCCACCUCAGGGAUAUCCACAGCAGGGGUACGCCACACCCCCCCAAUUUGGGUACAGUUUUGGUACCCCUCAAGGUGAGCAGUUCGCCCCGCCAGGAGUGCCUCCCCCUCCCACCACGCCUGGCACGGGGCCCCUGGGGUUCGCUCCGGCCACCCCCCCGACUCAGGACUUGAGCAAGGCCCCCGCGGGGCAGCCCGACUUCCCCUACAGCCAGUACGGCUUGGGUAGCUAUCCUCAGGACCCCUCUGCCUACGGACCCACGCGUCCUUCUCACAGUUAUGGUCAGGAUGAGCAGGGAUAUAGUGCAGGCUAUGGGCAGGACCUGAGUGGGUUUGGGCAGACGUUUGCAGACCCUAGCCAGCAGACCCCUUCGUACGGGGCCCCCACAGCACAAGCUCCGGCGGGGCCCCAGCCCACAGCCAGCACCUUCGGCCGCGGACAGAACCACAACGUACAGGGCUUCCACCCGUACCGGCGCUGAGACCCCCACCUGCACCGGAACGCAGCACCCAACAGUCAGGGAAAUAUCCAUUCUGUUCACGAGCAAAACUGGAUUUCUGGUGUGAUGGUUAACUGAACAGAGACGCACACACACACACACACACACACACACACUCUCACUGACACUCACCCACACACUCGCACACACACACAUACAUACAUACACACACACGCAAAAAAGCACACACACACGAACACGGAGUCACGCAAUAUAAAAGGCAGACUUUUGAAGAACCUUAAUGACGAAAUCUUUUUGUGGACUUUUCCAUGUGUUUUAUGGAGAACUAUUUAUGAACUAUUUUGCAAUAGAUUUUGACUGUGGUCAAAUGUCGGCACAGAUAAAAUAUGCUAUAUAUAUAAAAUGACACAGGGUCUCCAGUUUCUCUUCAGCUUUAAUUCUAGGGAAAAAGAAUUGUACUUCAGGUUUUUAUUUUUCAUUUUGUGAAUUCUUUUUUUUUUUUUUUUUUUUUUUUUUUACUUUCUGAGCCUUUUCACAUUUGUUUUAAGAUUUAAGUUUAAAAGUAGAAAUAUAUAUUAUACAAUUAAACUGUGCAAUUUUUUAAAGAGAAUUUUGUACUAUAAAAUGUACGCUUUGCUUGUUUUUUUUAUUUAAAGAUGUAGAUUCCCCUCAGGUGGCUGUUUUAGUGCAUUUUGCACUUAUACAAAACAGAAUGGAAAAUCCAUUUCAAAUAAAAAAGAAAAAAGAAAAAAUAUAUGUAAGUUCA